AAUAUCCCCUAAGUCUUGCAAUCGGAAAUGUAACGUACCCUGUGUCAACGUCCUUCUCAUGUGGUUCCGUGUGAUUUUUCCAUAAUUGAUACUGCCGACACUGUGCUCUCAGGUGGCUGCAUGUCAUUUCUCCCAUGACAUGCAGUCAGCCAAUCAGACGAGUGUAUGCAUGUGCCUUUGUGACUGCCAUCCUCUCAACAAACUCAGUCUCGCAGACUGGAGGAGAGCUGUGUGGGUUUGGUACCACAUUAACUGGAAGGCAUCUUACUGGGCAUGUUGUUAAUGCCAUGUGCGAAAUCGAAUCUGCAUGCAAUAGUACAGUGCAUGUAAAGCAGUCAUGACGGAUUAUCAGGACCUUCUGCAAACCAUCAAGAGUUUGCAGCACUCCAGACUGAGCUACAUAGAGCUUCUUCAAGAGGAAGUGAAGAGAAGCCAAGACAGACCUAGUGAGAAGAUCAAAGCUGAUGAGGACAGUGACGAUUCAUCCAGACCUGCCACCUCGGCCCAUCACGUCAGUGCACCAAACAACCUGUUCACAGUGCCGUACUCCAUUCCUCAAACCCUCGCAGUGUCUCCAAGUCUGGGUGGGCAACCGGUGUCACCAGAGCUGGCGGUGAGUUUAAGAAGUAUUUUAUUUGGGAACACCUUCCAUAUAUUCAGCUACGAGUGGAAGAAAUCAUUCUUCAAGUUUCGUGAGCCUUUCUCUGAUACGGCAUAUGCUCUGGAGACUGAGAGGGGAGGAGCCAGUGCUAUUCAGAUGGUGGUUCAGGCUCAUAUUAUUAAACGCCUGCUCUUCAACCAGCCAGGGAACUCCGCGUGCACAAUGCAGAGUCUGCUGGAGGUCGGGGAGAAGGAGCAGAGGAGGGCGCUGGCAGCAGCUCUAGCUGACAUCUUGUGGACAGCUGGCGAGGAGCAGACGGCUACCGUCUCCUUGGUCACGUCCGAGCGCUGUUUCACCCCCCACCUCGACUACAAACUGGACAGCUUCACAGAGAGGUUGCAGCUUUUCACCUUUAAAAAGAAAGAAGAUGUUAGAUCUUUUAUAUGUGAGCACAUCCAAUGUUUUAAGGAAGAAGGAAGCCAUGGAAUGAUACUUUUUCUGUACAGCCUUGUCUUCUCCAGGACUAUUGACAGGAUACGAGCAGACUUCGAUUGUACCACCACUCAUCUUUUGCAUUUGAGCUUGGGGAACUUUGUUUGUCGACAGGCUUUAUUAAACCUGCUGUUGACCGGCCGUGCUUCCCCUCAUGUCUUCAACGGUACGUCACUUAACGAUGAGAAAGACCAACCGCUCGCCCACCCGCUCCACGGGGUUCUGACUCGCAGUCAUGUUGGGUAUCUCUUCUGGAACAGAGAACAAGUCAAGCAUGCACAGCUCCCCCUGGUGGGCAGCAUGCUGAAAACCCCCAGGCUGCCUAUCUGGGUGUGCAACAUCAACGGCACUUACAGUGUUUUGUUCAGCCCAAACCGCUCGUUGCUCUCUGACUGGAAGAUGGAGCAUCUUUUCCAGCUUUACUUCUACAACGGCCAACCGACUCAGCUCAACACAACAGUGCUCACCAUAGAUACACACUCUCAUCACUGGGAGGCUGAAAAUAAAGACAUUCAGGGAGACCUAGAGAAAAAGUUUCCAUCUGUAGAGAUGACCAUUAGGACGAAGUGGGAGGGUGCUGUUAUUGACUGGAAUGGGACCGUGCCUUUUUUCUGAAGAGGUUUGAACCAGGGUUUGCACCUGAUAUCCAGCCCACCUCUCGUUUUAUACGCUCCUUUAAAAGCAUAGGCUGAUAUAGUUU